GAUUGCUUGCCGGCCGCGCGGAUCGUAGUUUAUUCUAUGGCAUUUUGACAUCCAAGCUUCAGUCCGACGCGUCACCGUCGGAUUUUAUUUAAUUUUUUAAUUAUAAAUUAGUAACAAAGUAAAUUGUGAUAAGUGUGAAUUUCAUACACAUAUUGGUGAUAUUACUAGUGUUAAGAUUUGUUAUGUUAUUGUUGCACAGUGGAUAAUUAAACGAGCUUACCCUGCCUGCAGUGCGUGCCAAGAGCCCCAGAGUCCCAGCCAUUAGAUUGAGUGGAGUGCCCCCUGUGUCCACCCACACGUAGCCCUGUACGCAGCCAAAAUUCCACGAGACACUACGGACACCUCCUCCAGCAUGGAACUGGAGAAAUCUCCCAAUCUUCAUGAGGAAGACUCCAAAGUUACCCUCACUAUCAGACUGAUUAUGCAGGGGAAGGAAGUGGGAAGUAUUAUUGGAAAGAAAGGAGAAAUUGUCAAGAGAUUUAGAGAAGAGUCUGGAGCCAAAAUCAACAUUUCAGAUGGAUCAUGCCCAGAGCGUAUUGUCACUGUCACAGGCAACACAAGUGCUAUUUUCAAAGCGUUCACUCUCAUAUGCAAGAAAUUUGAAGAGUGGUGCUCUCAAUUCAAUGAAGGCGGUGGCGGCGGUUCUCGUGCGCCAAUCACCCUGCGGCUCAUCGUACCCGCGUCGCAGUGCGGCUCGCUCAUCGGCAAGGGAGGCUCCAAGAUCAAGGAGAUCCGUGACGUCACUGGCGCCAACAUACAGGUGGCCAGUGAAAUGUUGCCAAACUCCACCGAGAGGGCGGUGACGAUCAGCGGCACGUGCGACGCCAUCACACAGUGCAUUUACCACAUCUGCUGCGUCAUGUUAGAGAGCCCGCCAAAAGGUGCGACGAUUCCAUACAGACCAAAACCCAACGUCGCAGGCCCAGUAAUUCUAGCCGGUGGUCAAGCUUACACCAUCCAAGGGAACUACGCUGUGCCAGCGCAAGACAUGGGAGGUUUAGCUAAGUCUCCGUUAGCCGGUUUGGCAGCUUUAGGGCUUGGCAGUUUGGGACCAGCUAACACAGGCGGACUUAACCCUGCAGCAGCGCUAGCAGCCCUCGCGGGGUCACAGCUGCGCACCUCGAACCAGUCGCGCAACCAACCCGCUUCCAACCAGCAGUCGCAUGAAAUGACAGUGCCCAACGAGCUCAUCGGUUGCAUCAUCGGCAAGGGAGGUACUAAGAUCGCUGAAAUCCGCCAAAUCUCCGGCGCGAUGAUCCGGAUAUCGAACUGCGAGGAACGCGAGGGCGGCAGCACGGAUCGCACCAUCACUAUAUCGGGCAACCCGGAUUCCGUUGCACUCGCGCAGUAUCUCAUCAACAUGAGUGUGGAGCUACAGAAGGCGAACCUGGAGGGUAGCACUUCAGGAGGUGCGGGCUCGUCCGGCGCCAGUCCGCUCGCGUCUGCCAUCCCCCUCGCGCAGCUCCUCAGCAAGUCUGGGGCGCUGGGCGCGCUCAGCUCCCUCUCCGCGCUGGGCGGGCUCACCGACCUCCUCAGCGGGAACCCAACGCCGCCCGUGCAAACCACAGGAGUACAUCGCAGCCACAAAUCAUACAAUCGCCGCCAGGAUGACGACACGCCCACCAAAUCCUCAAAAGAGAGGAGCAAAUAUAAUCCCUAUUAGGUUUCGUUUCGGUAGGCGUACUCGGUGGCUUUCACUUAGACGAACAUAGUACCCAAAAGCUCCCUAAACAAAUAAGGGCAUAGUGAUCUCCCUCACCGCGCUGGGUGGCCUCACCGACUUGUUCAACGGGAACCCAAAGCCGCCCGUGCGAGCUACUGGCGUACAUCGCAGCCACAAAUCAUACAGUCGCCGCCAGGAUGACGAUACGCCCACCAAAUCCUGUAAAGAGUAUACGUGUACUCGGAAGUUUUCAUGUUUACUAACAUAGUAUCUGCCUCAAUUCGGAACAGUAGUGAUAAUUUUUUAACUUCGUGCUCACGGUUGUGGUGAUGACGUGGUCGCACUAACAGUUUUAAGUUGUCUCAUUGAUAUUGUCUUCCCCCCUCCCUCCCUCCCCUCCCACCAAAAACGUCAGGAGCACGUACAACGAAACAAUAAAUACACGUGAUAUCUUACUUCAUGAUUUUUUUCUAACCGUAACAAGUGAAUUCGUGGCCCCUUUGUGCGGCAGCACAUGUGCUGUCAUUUUACUCAAGCUAAUUCAAAGUGGACUUAUUGGGGUUUCCUAUGUUCGUCUAUGUCUCGGACUGAUUUAACCAAAAAGUUUUAAACUAUAGUCGUGUCGUGACGCUUCCGCUGGGUAGGACUACGCGUCGUUUCCAUUUCUAUUAAGCUAUCCAAAACAUAGCUAUUAAUUUUAUUGAAUAAGAGAAACCUAUUUAUUUGUGACUAUCUUAAAAAGGAAAAUCAUUUAAAACACGAGGAUAGUUUUUACUUUAAAAAUCAUGUAAUUUAAGCGUUUAUUUUUUCUAAGCGAGCAAUAUCGUCAGUUUUAGGCAUAACUAAAAGCAUUUAAUAGUUAAUUGUCGAUACAAAUUGCUUAUCACUCUGACUUACAUGAAUUUAAGAAAAUAAAAUUGUUUAACUUGAUGCUUCUAAACUUAGAGAGAAAUUUCAAAUUAAAAUAAUUUGCUAAAUUACUACGAUAAUUGACAAUAUUAAAUGUUCUUGUAAAAAAAACAGAGAUUUACUAAAAAUAACUUGUGUACAAUUUUUCUUUGUUAACACAAAAAAAAAAAUAUUAAGGUUUAUCGCGACCAAUUUUUAUACUCCUAAUUUCAAAUCAUAUGAAUAGCGACUGACGAAAACAAAUCAAAUCAACUAAUGUGGAAUAACAAAGAAAUAUAAGAUAAUAUGAUAACUAGGGAUCGUGACAAUAGUAGGAGAUACGUAGAAGCUUAUAUGCUGUAGAUUAUACAGAAUGCUUCGCGUUUGAAAUGGGCAGAAAGAUAAUGAAAGUGCCGAUUAAACAUAGAUAGUAGACUGGAAAAAAAAUAUGUCGCAUCAAAUAACGUUGCAUUUUGAGAUUAACUAGAACUAUGUACUUUACAUAAGUUAUAUUACUAUCAAUUCGUUCGUAAUUGCCAAACCCGUCACAUCCAAUAAUCAUAUUCAAACUGCAAUCUUACAUUUUGUGGGAAGUUGGAAUCGGCACAUAAUUUUAUUGUAAAAUCUAUUUAAGAUUGAAUGAAAUACAGGGUGAUUAGCAAAACAUCAAGCUAUACUUCAAACCAGUAGGUACUUGUAGGAAAGCUUAUCUUAAAUUAACUAUAAUAGUUAGGGUAACUUAAACUAGGAAAUAGUUAAGCAUACCACCUUUUAAUAUCAGUAAUAGAAUAGCUAACCUAUAUUGUUGAAGUAUUGUUUGAUGGCUAUGAAUUACUCUGUAUAAGUAUAUAUUACAAUAGUAUGUUAGGUACUUAUCGUUGAAUUAAAAAUUAAGAGAACUCGAGAUAUUUAAAGUAGCCAUUAAGAGUUACGUUAUAAAUUUUCAGGGAAAAUGUUUUAUAAUUGAAUCCAUUAUAUUGGAAAUCUAUAUCUAUAAGUUUAAUAAAGCACUCUUUACGGGAGUAUAGGUAUUACUUGUUUCAAUGCUUUACGUUUCAGGCCAUUUUCAAAUACCGUAAUAAAAAUUACGCGGUCGAUUGUUAUAUAUAACCCCUUAAGCAACGAAUUAGAAAUGAUAUGAAAUACUUACUGUGCUAAAAAAUGGUUCCACACAAACUGCGAUCAAGUGAGCGGGGCGAAAAAACUACGAUCAACAUGCCUAUCAUGAGAUUAGUUGGCAUUUCCGUUUAACAUUAUCUUACCCAAAGAAUGGAUAGCCGAAUUUAUUUGCAGAUAUUUGAUUUGUCAAAGUAUUUUGUUAUGUCUGUGUGCAUGUCGUCUGUAAAUGAAAUUUAGCUGUAUGAAUUUGGAACCAUGUUUUAGCGGUCUUUGUAAGAGAGUAAUGUUUCCAUAUCAUUUCUAAUUCGUUGCCCUUAAGAGUAUUUUAUUAAAGAAGUGUUAUACCCGAAAGUAUAACAAACAUUAAGUUUAUGAGUAGUUAUUAAGGUAUUGCUACCAUGUACUCUAUUUUGUACGUGUAUCCGAUAUUCAACAUUGUUUACGGGCAGUAACUGAAGUAUUUUAGGGUACAUAAGUCUACCCUCUGUUGAAUUCUUUCAAUACCUACACUCUAAGUGGGACUUUUUACCCUGACGUUCUGAAAUUUGGUAUAAAGUGUACGGAGCGAAUGUCAACUUUGACAUUUUUUGCACCAAGAGCUUAAGUUUUGAACGCUCUGCUGAGCUCGACCCCCAUACCACUGUUCUCAGCAUUACUAUUCACUCUCACCUGAAACGACACUUAAUUUUUCUUGUUUGCGCACAUAAGAACUGGAUUCCUAGCUCAAACGAGGUACAUGUUAGCAUCUAUACCUACUUACCUACUAAUAUUAUAAAGAGGAAAGAUUUGUUUGUUUGUUUGUUUGUCUUGAAUGGGCUACGAAACUACUGAAACAAUUCUAAAAAAACCUUCAUCAUCCGUGAUGAACAUAGGCUAUAGAGUAUUUUCAAAAAAGUUAGGGUUCCGUAUGAAAACAUCGAUAAUGUAACCCAACGUGUGGAUAAAAUGCCAAAAAAUAACCUUAUGUCGAGUACACUGCGAAAGUCAUUGACAAUAGAGCAAAGUAAUGUACUAAAGUUUUAUAGAGAACAUCAAUAUCUAAAAUCGCCGACACAGAAAUGUAAAUACAUAGCAAACUUAUGUAUUAAACCUUCUCGCUAGGAAAAAGUUUAACAAAAAUAGUGAUAAGAUGUAGUCUCGGAUUUUAUAAAAUUCGAUAACAGUUUUAAAUAAUAUUCAAACUUAUUCGAUUUGUGAUUGUACAAACUAACAAAUUUUAUUUUUAUCCUUGUCUUUAUUAAAUUCAACCAAAAUGUAUUUUUUCUUAAAUUCGUUUAAUAAUUUACAGGUUUGUUAAUUUGAUUACUACAACCAGCUAUGGAAAUGUUUGAAGCAUGCAUGAUUACAUAUCAUGUUUUGUAUUGUUCAUGGUACCUAAAUAAUAUUCUAAAAUAUUUUUUGGUCCUUUUUAAAAGCUACAAUAGACCAAAAUAAAAUCGCGCAUAACAUUUUCAUCUACGAUCUGAUUUUUUUAUACAUACAUAUUUGUUUUUUGGCUUUGAAAUUUUUAAAAAUAUAACAGUAAUGCUAUGAUUGAAUUUUCUAAUUAAUUAUUUUAGAUCACUGAUGCUUUUUUUUAUUUUAUCGCAAUUCAUUUGAUCAUUACUAUAUUGUAUAUUCUUCACUUAGAUUUUUCGUAAUUAGAUGUAGUUUCAUAUAUGUAUUUUGUAUUUGCAUAAUGAUAAGUGACGGGUAAACAGCAUUAUUAUUGUAGAAACAAUGUCUAAUGGAUUUGCUGAUCUGAUUAAUUUUUGGUGUACUCUCAAUAAGUAAUAAUCUGUUUACCCGUAAAUGUACACGUUUUAUAAAUUAGUGCGAAUUUAAACCGAGGUCCAAUUCGAGUGUUUCUAACUUGUAGUCCCAUUGGGGGAAAAAAUGUGUGGCUGCCAAUUCCAUUUUUAUUUGUAAAAUAUAAAAGAAAUCAUGUUAAUUUUAAGUAAUAGGCAUUUUUCUUAUAAUUUCAGGGUUAUAUUACUCGCUAGAAUCGUUAAGUAAAAGUGUAUUGUUUUAAAAGUACAUUAUGAAAUAAAAUAAUAAUUGCAAUCUCGCAGGUUUUAUUAUAAUUCUUAUGAUAAUUAUUUGUUCGAGAAUUUUUGGAUUUUUAAUAUUUUCGAAUCCUUUCACUUUGAAUGUAGUUUCGUACGAUUUGAUUGCGCAUACUGCAUGCGUUUCUCUGCGUCAAAUAGGUAACUACAAUGAACAGAUAAUUAAUUACCGUUUUUUGGAGGACAAGGUCUUAACCUAAACUACAUGUUUUAAUUAUGUCUCUUGCAAUAAUUCAUUAUUAUUGCUUAAUUAUUAUAUUUAAAAGAAGCAAUCGUCUUCUGUACCUACCUGAUAUACCCAACCAUUAACAUUCGGCCCGGGUUUUGAAAAUGAUUUUUUUUUAUAUAUAUUUUUAAAAGUGGAUUAUCACAAAUUAAUAUCCGUUUACAAAAAUCUACACCUGGGCAGAUUUGCGAGAUAAAUAAAAAUAAUAUCCAGCGAUCGCACUCGUAAGCUUAGGAUUUUUUUGCCCAUUCGUACGAAAGUGCAUCCUUAGUGCAAGAAACCUUAUUGUAUUACGUCAUUAUAACAGGAAUAAAUUAUAAUUUCCAAAUGUGUAAAUACACAAUGACUAUAGGUAAAUUUGUAUAGCAUAAUCGCCAUACAACGAUCCUAUCAAGAACCCAAGCCAUUAUCCUGCCUACCCAGGCACCAAACAUUCCCGUGUUACCUGACGCCGGACCAAAUCCAACGAGUACCUACAUCCUACAGCUCACCGGAUCACCCAAUUUCCUGGUAAGAAGUUUCCUUUACAUUUUAUUUUGUAUCCUAGAAUAUCCACACUUCUGUACCUAACGAAAUAAACUGACAUAGUGUUAUUAUUUAUGUAUAGUACAUGAAAUUUUUGUAUUAGUUUGAUAUGGCAAGGGAGGUCGUGAAUUCAAAUGAGAAUAUGUGUUGAAAUGUUCCAGGAUCACGAUGGAGACUGCAGGCAUGCCGCUGCCGGGCUACCACUACAUCGCUCCGAACCACAUCGUGAAAGCACCGAUCCAUUGAAUGGGGCUCCGCGGCCAGAAUUCCGGCGUUGCUUACAAAACGUACAAUGAAAGAACGUAUUAUGUGCAGCCGCAAUACGGAAAUCUGGCUCCGAUAUAUUUCUUCAAGUAAAUACGAAGACCAAACAAUCUCUGUCGAGAAGGGAAGCAAAUCACUAGAUAUCGUGCUGAACGUAUGUUUACAUUUGUUACAAGUUUAUAAGUAUUUUAGAUAUUCUUAUAUUUAUUCUCCACUGUAUUUAAUUAAUUGGAAUAGAAAUUGGGGGAGGUAAACGUAUUUCGGAAACAUAUUAUAAAGGUGAAGAUAAAAAAUGACUGACGAUUUGAAAAUUUCUGCUAACCAGUGAUCGGUGAACUCGAUCUUUUAAACCUAUGGUUGAAUGUAAUAUUUUGUUUCGUUCACCGUUCACAGGUUCAUGAAUUUAUAAAUGACAAAGUAUGCAACAGGAGUUAGCUAAGCUGAUCGAAUUUACUAUGGAUUUAAGCGGUCGAGUUACUCAAUUAUCUAUUGGAUUUGUUUUCCAUAAUGAGCAGUAAUGACCACACAUAUAAUAAAAUGUUCAAAGUAAGAUAAAACGAGAGUCUGCAUAAUAGUAGGUGUAGAUGCGUUACAAUCGACCUCGGAACCGCUGACGUAGCGUAGUAUUAGAUUAGCGAACAGAGUGAGAGGGUUAAAGACAAUAUUUGUAAAUAAAAUAAUCGUAAUAACCUGCAGAAAAUUAGGUAUUACAGUAAUAGUUGCGCCGCACGGGCGCGGCGUGGCGAUACGAAACCGAUGGGAACAAAUCCUUAGGAACUUACAUUAAAAGCGGAAGAGAACAUUGCAGUAUAUCAUUUACAAUCGUCUAUGAUCACAAAAAGACGUUAGUUGUAUAAAAAUAGUGUUGCUAAAUGUGAUAGUCCUCUAAUUUAUUUUACAUUUGAACUAUAAGAUCUCUAAUUUACAAAUAUACACAUUGUGUACAUCGGCUACUGGAAAAGUCGAAUAAAUAAAUAUUGGUCUAGGGAUCAAAGCCAAAGAUUGUUGAAGUUUGUUUAACACUAAUAAUGUUGUGGAUUUAUGCUAAAUUAUUCUGAGUAGUUAAUGUUUAGUGGAGUAACGUAGGACAGUUUUUUGAAUUAUUUUAUUACCCUCUCCAGACUGCUCAUUGUACUUAGUAUUAGAACAAAAGUAUAGAUAGUCCUGUGGUAAUCUACAUAUUUCCAAAAAAAUCAUAAAAAAAACUUAGUUUUAAAUUAGAAGUAAGAAUAACUCUAGGACCACUGUAUUGAAAGCUUUCCAGUAAAAUAUUUGCUUGAAGUAAACGAGUGCCACAAUAUGACAGAAUGCAGUGCCAAACUGGUGACUUAUAUCUAUGAGGCAUUUUAAUUUCCUCGAUGUAGUUAAAUAAAGAACAUUUACUUAUAUUAGGAGAUCUGUCAGAUUAAUGACGAUUUUACUUGCAACAUGUAUUGACGUAAUCCACUGAAUAUUUUAUUAAUUUUGCACCCUAGGUAUAAGAAUCUUAAAAUUAGAAAUACAAAUUUUGUCUCGGUACAUAUCCCUAUGACAUAUUUUCCCCAAGUCUUCCCUUUCAAUAUCUUAUACUUAUGACAUUUGAAGAGAAAAUGAUGAUUGUGCCAAAGUUGUGUCUAAAUUUAUGCAUGGAUUUGAGAAAACGACAAACAUGAUUUAUUGUUUGUUUAAGUAUUAUUUUUGUUAACAUUGUCGAAUUAUGCUAGUCAAAUUGUUCUGAAAUUAAAGACAAAUAAUGAAAUUUUAAAAUAUAGUGCUAGUCAAAAUUUUAAUUUCAAUUGGUGUGUCUUUUUUCGUUUUUGUAUAAAUGUUAAAAAGUACUUUAUUUAUUUUUGUUCGUGUAUUUCAAAGUUUUAACUAUUUUUAUGUGGUCUCGCUAAAUUAAAUUAGCAAUAAAUUUUGAUAAAAUCAAUUGUUUAUAGUAUAAUAAAUUGCAAUUAAGACAAUGUAUAGAGCUUUGUAAAUUAAGUAUCACACAGGUAUAAAUAGAAUUAAUCUAUAGAGCUAAAGAGAAAUUGAAAGUAGUAUGUUUAAUAAAGAGAAGAGAUUUCAUAGCUGUGAUUAAAGUUUGGAUGGCACUUUUGUGCCAUUAGCUACGUCAGAUUAGAAGCCGCGAGGAUGCUGGAGCAGUGAUGCGUAGGCGCAGGCGCAGCUAGUAGUGAUAGUGCACGCUUCCUAGGUCGUUGUUGCUAUAGACACGAGUCGAACGUGCACCUUGAACGUGGGUUAUAUAUAUAUUUUUAUGGCAUGCGACAAAAGGCAAUUGUAACGCAAAUACUUUCUCUAAAAAGAAGUAUUAGUUCAUUGGUGUUGUCAAUAAAUUAAUAUUAAAUUUAGUACAAUGCAAUAUAAUUAAUAUGAUUAGUGAAUAAUACAUUUAUUUGUCUUGUGUAGGUGUUAUGUUCGAAUAAAAUAAUUGGUGAUCAUUAUUAUAAUAUUAAUCGAUAUACACUAUACUCAUAGAAUUUAUUAUGAUUCAAUAUUGUUACUGUUAUUUUGAUUUGCUCAAUUUUCAGAAUGUUUACGUAAGCUAGGCUUCUAAUUUUUAAAAUAAUAAGUUUGUUUUGUUUAUAGUCUGUUAGUACUAUUGAUAUAACGAUGUUUCGUCGUGGGUAUAACAUGUUCAUAUUUUAUAAUAUUCUUGCUGCUUAGGGCAGUAAUGUAACAUGCUUAUAAUUUAUAAUGUUAAUAAAAGACGCUAUAUGAGGAAGUAAAAUAAUAUUGGGGUCGGAUAAAAUAAAUAAUACACGUGUCUUUUGAAGACAUACUACAAAUCAUAAAAUUAACUUUAUAAUAUUGUUUUGAGUAGCAGCAGCCAUUUUAUAUUAUUACCUUAAAUUAUUUUCAGUAGACAUUGCCGAAGUCAAGCUAAACUUUUGACAAAGAAAAGUACAUAAUUACUUGCAGAGGAAACAACUUCGUGUUAGUGUCUCUUAAAAAGUAGGUAUAUAAUGCAACGCCACUUUAUUAUUAUCUACUCCGCGUUAUGAUAUUUAGCCUUUAUUAACAGGGUCAGACUGCGUUGUAUAGUAGUAUAAUUAAAUUCAAUUUAGCAAAUAUUAAUGAAUGUAAAACUUCUUUUUUAAAUUUUCGUAUAGCACAUACAUUUAAUAUAGGUAAUCUUAUUGCACUUUAUUCAAUAACCUAUUAUGUGGCUAUUAAUAUUUUCUUAUUUAUCACAACACAAUAGAAUUGUAUGAUUAAAAUGUGCAUUCAAAGUCAAUGAGUACUUUGAAUUAUUCAUAUUAAACUUUAAUCGCACGAUAUAAACAAAUCAUAUUUUGCUAUCUUCUUGAUUAUAUUAUAUACAAUGUAUAUCCACAUACAGGUUUGAGACGAUUGGGUAAAAAGGGUUGUGUAAUUUGUUAAGCAUAUACAAUUUCAAAAAUAAUUAUAUUUGCUUCACUCCCUAAUAAGUACCACUACAUAUAAAAAAUUAGACUGCAAGUUGUUCAUCAUUUAUUAUACAGUAGUUGACCAGGGUAAAAUAUAUUGAUUUAUUAACUUCAAAGUAACGUACUACAAUAAUUCUACAUAUGAAAUGAGUAUUUUAAAGCUUACAAUAGCUGAAAUAUAUUUAGAGCAGCUAUUACAAAUUGAAAAUCAACUUUCAGAAUGAAAAUAUAUUUGUUUAAUAUAUGUUACGUUAAACAGUUACUGUAGUAGUAUUUAAAACCGAUGUAUGAUGUAUGUAAUGGCAUAGUCAGAUUUGUAUAGACAAACUAUGCCUUAAAAACUGUGCCGUAAUCAAUCUAAUAAAUUGAUGAAUUUUAUCUCUGACCUUAUUCUGUUUCAUUAUUAAUUUAGAUUAAUUAAAGUUUAUAGUUAAUAUUGACUGAGUAUAGUUAAGAAUGAAAAUAUCAAAAGUAUAUCUAUAUAAACGAGUCGGCGGAAGUUCACUAAAUAAAUAUUGCAAUUUUAAUAAGCAUUUAAUUUUUUAUCAUUAGUAGGAGAUACAAUCAAACUAAUAUGAUCAUCUUUCCACAAAGUCAUCACACCACAAAUUUAAUAAGCACUUACGUAUUCUACUUGUAAAUAUCUUUUACAAUGCCCACUUAUAUCAAAAUUCUCACACUUGUGUCUAAUAAAAGAAAAACUGUUCAUAAGGCAUUUUAAAGAUCAGUUUUUUGUACCACUCGCUCACGAACACAGUACCUACUUUAUAGUUUUUGUCGAAGUUGUAUUUCUCAUAACUGGCAUAGUACGAUAAAUAGGUAGUUGUAUUGAUACUUAUGUAAAGAAAAUAGAAUACACACUGAUUUCAUAUAAGCGUGUUUUUGUUGAGUUGUAGGGGUUAUCCUUGCAGUAUUAAUAUGCCAGUCAAUGCAUCUAUCUAUUAUGGUAAAAUGUUUAGGCAUAACCAUUUUUCGUUGAGGUUUCACAAUGACGUCACUGUUUUGGUGGAACCCCAACUAACUUAUUCAUUCACCUGAAUGAUUCCACCUUUUGUUGUAGAGGUGUGCGUCCUCGGCAUUGAAUAAUUAGACUGUAAUGCAUUCCCAACUUAACUGUAAACAUAACCUUUGGCACCUAUUUUGAUCUUAAUCACGCUUAUAUGAACUAAGCUGUAUUUAAUUAUCUUCACGUUUCCGCAUAACAAAUUUAGAUGUUCUUUCUUGUUCAAAUAUCACUGUAAUUGUCAACAUAUCUAAUCGUUUUGUGAAUUAAAUUGAUUAAUGUUAAUGAAUUAUAAAUGUUGUACUCGUACUUACGGUUACAGUAUACCUACUUUCAUUGAGGUUCGUUUCAAUAAUUCAUGUUUGUUUUCUUUAUGUUAAUUCAAUAAAGUGUGUAAAUAAA